AUGGCUUCUAAAUACCCUCCGGUCCAAGGCGGAGGCUCUCUCAUCCUUGCUUGGCAGGUCAAGCAGAAGAAUGUCCUUGUCAUAGGCGGUGGGGAGGUAGCUGCUGGUCGGAUCCUCCAUGCUCUCAAUGCCGAUGCCAAAGUGACGGUCGUUUGUCCGUCAUCCGGCCUCAACGAUGAAGUCGCCUUUCGAAAAUCCGAGGGCCAGAUCCUGCAUAUCGACCGAAACUUCGAACCUACAGAUCUAGACACGGCGGACAUGGUACUGUGUGCCAUUGACGACCCGGAAGCGUCCACCCAGGUGUGGAAACUCUGCAAGGAGAAGCGGAUACCGGCCAACAUUGCCGAUGUACCUCCGGAGUGCGAUUUCUACUUUGGUAGCGUGCAUCGCGACGGUCCAUUGCAGGUGAUGGUCAGCACGAACGGAAACGGUCCGAAGCUUGCCAGCAUUGUGCGGAAGAAAAUCGCCGAAACCCUUCCCAACAAUAUGGGUGCAGCGAUAGAUAACGUGGGCAAAUUGCGUAAGAAACUCAGGGAGGUUGCUCCUCAGGCCGAGGAGGGCCCCAAAAGAAUGAAAUGGAUGUCCGGAGUAUGUGAGUCGUGGAGCCUGGAUGACCUUGUCCGAAUGAAUGAUCAAGAUAUGGAUGGUCUCCUGGCCCAUUACAAGUCCGGCAAGAUCCCACCGUUGGAAGAGAUCCGGUCGGGCUGA